AUGGCCCCAAUCAUUGUGCUUAUAUCCGGCGCCAACAGAGGCAUUGGCAAAGGUCUCCUCGAAAAUUAUCUUUCCAAACCAAACCACACUGUGAUCGCCGCAAAUCGCGAUCCGAAUCAUCCGUCAUCGAAAGCUCUCGCCGACUUACCCACCGCUGAAGGGUCUUCUCUUAUCGUCGUCAAAGUCGAUGCUACUGCCCCUACAGAUGCUCUCGAGGCUGUGAACCAGUUGAAAUCCCAAGGCAUUCAUCAUCUGGAUAUUGUGAUUGCGAAUGCAGGCGUCUGCUACCUCUGGCCUAAAGUAUCGGAAGUGAAAGUCGAGGAUUUGCAAGGUCAUUUUGUUCCGAAUGUACACGGCUUCAUUUGGCUGUACCAAGCUACAUUGCCUUUGUUGAAUAAAUCCAAACUUGGAAAAUUCAUAACCAUUGGUUCUUCUGCGGCGUAUCUUACGGUAAGUUUGCUGAACCAACUAGACAUGCCAAACUCAGCCUAUGCACCUUCCAAAUUUGCUGCCCACUGGCUAACCAAGGCUAUUCACCGCGAAGAGCCCAAUCUUAUUGCGUUCCCCAUUGACCCAGGAUGGGUGCAAACUGACUUGGGAAAUAUCGGUGCGAAUCACUUUGGAUUUGACGCAGCUCCUCUUGGAGUCCUAGAAUGUGCCGCCGGACUGGUGGAUCUCAUAGCUGCUAGUACUAGAGAAACGCAUGGUGGAAAUUUGUUCAAGUGGGAUGGUGAGGCCUUACCGUGGUAG